AAUAUCUUAAAUUGUGAUAUUGAUAAAUUAAUCGACAUAUUUACUACAGUCGACUUGAAUUAUUGUUAAGUAUUUCAUACUUGCGUAACUCGACAAUCAUAAUUUAAAACAAUGAUUUUCUGAACAAACGGUUGCAAUCAGAUGCUCGUAAUUCACGUUUUUUCAAAUAAAUAUCAGGAAUCCUAAGAAUAUUAAUGGCAACCAUUACACCUACACUGCAGCUUAUUGAUAAGUCGAAGUUUUUUCAAUAGCUGCUAUAAGUUUGAAUUUAACAGCUUAAACCUUAUCAUUUUAUGGACCAUCAAGUUUAUCAAUUAAAAGUUUUACUAUAUAUUCAAUAAUUUAUAACAACAGAUAAUUUCAUCAAAAUGGCAAAGGUGGAUCCAUUGUUUACAAAAUAUGGGUUAAAAGAACUAAGAGUUGUACUUACCAGAUUUGAUGACAAGACACUUCCAGUAAUUACAUAUGAUUAUAAUUCAAAUUUUAAUCAGAAAAAUUUUUCGGUGCUCGAUGUCGAUGAAAAUGGAAAACUUUGUGAUAUUUGUAAGAUGAAUUAUAUUGAAAAGAAAAGAUUAUUUGAUCAUGUCAGAGAUAGCUUGGUGGAUAGCUUUUUUAGAUGUGAAAUAUGUAACAUAGCAUUACCCCGAAAUCCUUACAUUUUAGUUGAUUUAGAUAGGGAUUGGAGUAAACGUAAAAAAUGUGAGGUCUGUAGCGUUUUAUUUUGAACCAUUAUGAACUGAGGUACUGGGUCAUCACAAUGUAAUUCCCAUGCUCCUAACAUAUUACAAUACUUUUCCAAAGAAGUAUUUGAACCAAUUGCCCCAAUUGAACACAUUAUAACACACAUUUUGGAGAAAAUUUGAAUUUUAAUAAUUUUAUUUUUAAUGUUAUCCAUUGAAUUAUUUUUAAUCCAUUAAGAUGUUGUUUAACUUUAAAUUUAUUAAAUUAUACUAAGUUCCUGGCUAAACAUUCUCAAAAUAUGUAGUAUAAUAUUGAUUGUAAUACAAGUUGAUUCUUUUAUCAUUGUACACUCAUUAUUUCAAAAAGUAUUCAUGUUUUUGAAAACAUUUUUUACGUAGUUUCAAGAUAAAAACAACUGUUUUUAUUAAAAAAUUAUAUUUCUAAAUAUUUUUUAUCCUUAUAUUUUUUAAGUUAACUCAUAAACUACUCGCCCUAAAUUCGAUUUUUAUGUAUCAAAAUACUCAGAAAAU